AUGUCGUACCGCCAUCCCCUUCGACAAACCCAAACAGCCGACUACUCUUCGAACAAAAGGCAGCCCUCCAACGCAUCUACAGUAUCCACGGCAUACUCGAAUUCGUCUGGCGCAUUCGAACUCAGCCGCACGAGCACACUCUCUUCAACAAACUCCAGCGCAUACGUUGGCCACAAACGAGGGCUCAGUGAAGCAACAGGGAUGUCUCCUUCUGCCUCUGAGAACAGGAGUUCGCGUGGAAGCCCCCAACCCAGCCCAGAAAGCCCUUACAAGAGUGUACGGCAAUCUCUACGGCCUCUUCCACAGCCGCCAAACCCUUCACCACCAAGCUACGAGAGAAUUGGUCAGCAUGCAAGAACUCAGAGUAUGGAUGUUGCCAAAACCACAUACGGAGAAUACGCUCCCACUGCAACCCCACGAACAUCUUCGAUUCGACCCAAUUCCAUGGUUCUCAGUCGAUCCGAUUCUGUCAAUCGUGGCCACAGCACACUUCGAAAUCAUCCCAUGCAACAUCAGCACAGCCCUUUGACCGCAGCUGAUCUGCCACAACUGCAAAAGUCUUCUACCAGCCAGUUGCGCACGCUAUCAAGAUUUGCUGAGAGCGCGUCUGCGGAAGAGUUUAAUAUUACAACACCGGGGCAAGAGGUAGUUGGUCUCCACGGACGCCGCAGGUUACAACGCAGCGACACAGUGCGGCCUGGCAAAAACACCGUUGCGUCGAACAAGGGCAGUGGAUACAGUUGGGAAGGUCGAAAUUGGAUGGACAAGCAAAGACAAUUCCUCCAGGCCUACGAAUACCUCUGUCACAUUGGUGAAGCCAAAGAAUGGAUUGAGGACAUCCUGCAACGAGAAAUCCCUCCGAUUAUUCAGCUCGAGGAAGCAUUACGAGAUGGCGUUACCCUGGCUGAGAUUGUUGACGCCUUAUAUCCUGAGCGGAGAAUACGUAUCUUUCGUCAUCCGAAGCUUCAAUACCGUCAUUCGGAUAACAUUGCGGCCUUCUUCCGAUUCCUCGCUGAAGUCGAACUCCCGGACCUCUUUCGAUUCGAGCUCAUUGAUCUGUAUGAGAAGAAGAACAUUCCUAAAGUCAUUUAUUGCAUCCAUGCCCUCAGUUGGCUAUUGUUCAGGAAAGGUAUCGUUGACUUCCGAAUCGGAAACCUGGUCGGACAAUUGGAAUUUGAACAUCACGAGUUGGAGGAAAUGCAGAAGGGCUUGGACAGAGCAGGAGUCAGUAUGCCAAGCUUUGGGAACAUGGGCGCAGAUUUUGGAGUAGAGCCUACCCCCGAACCAGAACCAGUCGAGAGUGAAGAGGACAGAAUCCAAAGAGAACUGGGUGAGAAUGAACUCGCCAUUAUUGACCUGCAAGCCCAGAUUCGUGGCGCGGCUGUUCGUAUGCGUCUCGGGGACACGAUGCAGCGGUUAUGGGACUCGGAACAAAUGAUUGUUGAGCUCCAGUCGAGGAUCAGAGGAGAUUUUUCACGCCAAAUUGCGGAAUACCGGCUCAACAUGCGAAGGUUUGCAGUCGAUCUCCAAAGUGGCAUCCGAGGAUUCUUGGUACGGCAGCGCCAAGCAAAUAGGGAAUCAUUCUGGAAGAGCAGAGAAGGAGACGUUUUAAAACUACAGAACCUGAUCAGGGCAAAGAGAGCCCGAGACGAGGUACGCAUGACGAGAUCUCAGUUGCGGCGUGGAGAGCAAGAGGUGGUAGAAGUACAGGCACAGAUUCGAGGUUUUCUUUCUCGAAAAUCACUGGAAGAACAAAAACGGGAGACCAAGACUUCUGCUGGGCCAGUCAAGGAGUUGCAAGCCGCGAUCAGAGGAAUGCUCCUCAGAAAGCUUGUCACUGAUGACCACGAAGAUCUUGGGCGCGAAGAGAAUUCGAUCAGGGCGAUACAGGCUUUCUCAAGAGCCUUGCUGACCAGAAACCAGGUUUCUCGGCAAAGAGAAGCACUUCAAGCAGCAUCACCGAUCUGGAGGGCGCUGCAAGCUGUGGCAAGGGGCCAGCUACUUCGAAAUUCAAUCCAUUACAACAAGCAAGAACUCAGAAGCCAUAAUCCACAGUUUGCAACCCUACAAGCGUGCAUCCGAGCUGCUGCUGUUCGUCAGGAGGUCGAGGCUACUUUAUCCGCGUUACAGAGGGAAGAGUCGUCUGUUUUAGAAAUCCAAAAUCAGAUUCGGGGAAUGCUACUUCGAAGAAAGGUAGCCGCCGAUUACGAAGCACUUGCGGCGCAAACCACGAAGAUCACCAAACUACAAGCACUUGGAAGAGGAAGUCUUCAGCGUCAAAGAACUGGCGCGCUUCUGGACGAACUUCAAUCACACAGUGCCGAGAUUAUCCAACUCCAGGCUCUUUCUCGUGCGGUUCUUCUUCGAAACGACAUUGGAAUGGUUUUAGCUGAACUCGAUGCCGAGGAAGAAUCGAUAAUUGCCAUUCAGGCUGCUGCCAAAGCAUGUUUGGUUCGUGCCAAAUUUGCAGAAAAGCAGCGCUUCUUCAAGCAGAACAUGGAAAAGGUUGUGAAGAUUCAAAGUUUCGUCCGAGGGCGGCUUCAAGGGGAGGCUUACAAGAGUCUGACAACCGGCAAAAAUCCCCCAGUCAACACAGUCAAGAACUUCGUUCACCUGCUGAAUGAUAGUGACUUUGACUUCAACGAAGAAAUCGAGUUCGAACGAAUGCGCAAAACAGUUGUUCAACAGGUUCGCCAAAAUGAGAUGGCUGAGCAAUACAUUGAUCAACUCGAUAUCAAAAUCGCACUGCUAGUCAAGAACAAGAUCACCCUUGACGAGGUUGUUAAGCAUCAGAAGAACUUUGGUGGACACUCAGGAAACCUUCUUGUCAACACUACAAUGGUUUCUGGCAAUCAGUUCGACCUGAAAGCUUUGAACAAGAAUUCGAGAAAGAAGCUUGAGUCUUACCAGCAACUCUUCUUCACCCUACAGACUCAACCUCAGUACUUGGCACGGCUUUUCAAACGAAUUCGAGAGCAAGGUACAGCUGAGAGGGACUGCAAGCGUAUAGAGACAUUGAUGAUGGGGCUGUUUGGUUAUGCACAAAAACGAAGAGAGGAGUACUAUCUUCUUAAACUGAUUGCUCGAUCGGCAAAGGAAGAGGUUGAUGGCUCAAAAUCCAUUCAGGAGUACCUGCGAGGAAAUUUCUUCUGGAGCAAGCUUCUGGCCAAUUACACCCGAUCUCCCAGGGACAGAAAAUAUUUGCGCGAGCUUCUGGGUCCUAUGAUCCACACCAAUAUCGUCGAAGAUCCGGCACUUGAUCUCGAGAGCGAUCCGAUGCAAAUAUACCGUUCAGCAAUCAACAACGAAGAGUUGCGGACAGGACGACCUAGUCAGCGACCACUUGAUAUCCCUCGGGAGGUUGCAAUCAAGGAUCCAGAGACCCGAGACAUGUUCAUCGAUCAUUUGCGAGAUCUUCGCGAGAUCUCAGAUCAAUUUCUUCUCGCCUUAGAAGCUCUCCUGCACAGAAUGCCAUAUGGAGUUCGCUAUAUUUGCCAGCAAAUAUUUGAAGCUCUUUGCCAGCACUUCCCCCGCGAACCACAACAGAAUCUGCUGCAAAUUGCUGGCAAUUGGUUGUGGAAAUUCUAUCUUCAGCCAGCAAUGACAGCUCCCGAAUCAAUGGGCGUGAUUGAGAAACAGUUAACGCCGCUCCAAAAGCGCAAUCUGGGUGAAGUCGCCAAAGUCCUCAGCCAGGUCGCCUUGGGCAGACUAUUCGGGGGCGAGAAUAUCUAUCUGCAACCACUCAACGCUUACAUCGGAGAUGCUAUUGAGAGAAUUAGCAUUACCUUCUCCAACAUCAUCUCUGUACCAGAUGCUGAAAGCACUUUCGAUAUUGACGAAUUCAACGAUCUUUAUGCCAGAACGAAGCCGACUCUGUACAUUAAAAUGGCCGAUGUCUUCUCAAUACAUAGCAUGAUCGCUGCUGACCUACCUCACAUAUGUCCCAACCGAGAUGAUAUGCUUCGAGAAAUCGUCCAAGAACUCGGCAGCGCUAAGAACAACGAGACAGAAAUGCUGGGAGUCACUUCGACGGAAAUCCAAAUGACCUUGCAUCCAAAACUUCACGACAUCGAGGACCCCGAAGCCGAAAUCAAGGCCCUCUUCAUGGAAACCAAGCGCUGUAUAUUAUAUAUUAUUCGGGUUCAAUCAGGACCAAACCUGAUGGACAUCCUCGUUCGGCCCAUUUCCAGGGAAGAUGAUAGGAAGUGGCACGCAUUGCUCCAAGAAGAAUUUGCAGAAGGCAGCAGGACCCGUGGAGCGUACUCGGAUGCAAACACAUUGGUUGAUAUCAAGUCAAUGUCUUAUAAGGAGCUGAAGAGGACAGCUCUGGAAAAUAUCAUGAGACUGGAGCAAUGGGGUCGGAUUUCGCGGCACAAUUUCUACCAAGAUAUCCUGAAUGCAAUCGCCUUGGACAUUCGGACAAAGAGUCGACGACGAGUGCAGAGACAACGAGAACUUGAAGGUGUUCGAUUGACGCUGGCGAAUUUGAAUGAGAAGGCAGAAUGGCUAGAGUCUCAGCGAAAGAGUUACGACAACUACAUUGAGCAAGCUAUGAUGACUUUGCAGAAGAAAGGCAAAAAACGAUUUCUGAUGCCCUUCUCCAAGCAAUACAACCACGAACGGGAGCUUGAAAGAUCAGGUAGAAAACCAAAGUUCGGAUCCUUCAAAUACUCAGUACGGACUUUGUCGGACAAAGGAGUACUCGUUUCGUGGAAAGGCUACACCGAUCGCGAAUGGGAUAAGAUCAAUCUUACCAUUUCUUGCGAUGAGGUCGGUGUAUUCUUCAUCGAAGGAAGCAAAGGAAGCAUUCAAAUCCCUGGUGCUAGUGCUCAAGUUCCCAUGGACUCGCUGCUGGCGGCACAGUUUGCCAAUCACCAGUACAUGGAUUUGUUUGAGGGGUGCAUGCGGCUGAAUGUUAAUUUAUUCUUGCAUUUGUUGUACAAGAAGUUCUAUCGCACGGAUGGAUGA